CUCAGCACCUGGAUUGCCUUAGGCUGCACUUCUCCCAUGGCUCCUGCAGACUUUCCAGCCUUUCUUCCUCUCUGUGUGUGUCUGCUGCUGGCCUCUGGCUUGGCUCAGGCAGGCAGGCUACUAGUGGUGCCCAUGGAUGGGAGUCACUGGCUCACCAUGCAGAUGGUUGUGGAGAAACUCAUUCACAGAGGGCAUGAGGUGGUGGUAGUUGUUCCAGAGGUGAGUUGGCAGCUGAGCAAAUCACUGAAUUGUACAAUGAAGACAUACUCUACUUCUCACACUCUGGAGGAUCUGGAUCGUGAGUUCAAGUAUUUUUCGCACACUCAAUGGAAAACUCCAGAAAAUGGUAUGCGUUCUUUCCUGUCAGGCUCAGCCAAAGGUUUCUUUGACAUAAUAUUUUCACACUGUAGAAAUUUGUUCAAUGACAAGAAGUUAGUGGAGUACUUGAAGCAGAGUUCCUUUGAUGCUGUGUUUUUGGAUCCUUUCGAUAUGUGUGGAUUAAUUGUUGCCAAAUAUUUGUCGCUCCCAUCAGUGAUCUUCUCGAGAGGUAUAUUUUGCCACUACUUCGAAGAGGGUGCCCAGUGCCCAAGUCUUCCUUCUUAUGUUCCUAGACUUUUGUCAACAUUCACAGACACCAUGACUUUCAAGGAGAGAGUGUGGAACCAUCUUCUCUACAUUGAAGAACUUUCAUUUUGCCCUUAUUAUUUCAAAAGUGUUGAAAAAGUUGCCUCUGAAAUUCUGCAGACCACAGUGACUAUGACAGACCUUUUCAGCCCAGUGGCCAUUUGGUUGUUACGCACUGACUUUGUGCUGGACUUCCCCAGACCUGUGAUGCCCAAUGUUGUCUUUGUUGGUGGGAUCAAC